AUGCCUGUACGUUUCCGUACUCUUGGAUCCUGUCGAACUGAUUCUCAUGAAAAAUGGUCGUUUACACGGUGGAUAAUUAUCACAAGUUGGAAAUUGCAAGUCUAUAAAGAUCUAUCUGGUCGGACGGGCGAAAGUCAUCCACCGUGUAUAAAUAAUACUGGAACAGCAUCCGCUUGGAUUCAGUGCACUUUGAUCACGGCUAGAAAAAUCAUGGGACGACUGGAGCAAAGUGUCAUCACGUUGUUAUGUCUCUCCAUGGUCGUGACGUGUACGGCAACUCGAAAAGAGGAUCUCGAAAGGGCAGCGGAGCUGGCUGUGGAAAAAGCAGCGGAAAGGGCUGCGGAAAGAGCAGUGGAGAAAGCGUUGGAAAGCGGAAACACCACCACCGAGUCGAAGAUCGUUCGAGAAUCUUACUCCAACAAGAGAAAAGUUCCUCACCGUGAGUUCAAUUACGACAAUCGUUCUUCCUCGUCGAUGGAAGAAGAACCAGAAAACGAUACCGAAGAUUGGAUCAGAUAUUUUAAAAGAUUCGAAUCCAAGUCUUUCAAAGAAUGGCCGAAUACACGCGGAAACGAAGAAGAUUGGAGAAGAUUCCCAAGGAGCAAUAUCUGGCAGGAACCAGUGAUAACAGUUAAGAAGAAGAUUCCGGUACCGGUGCCCGUAGAGAAAAAGAUACCGUAUAUUGUGUAUAAACAUGUACCGUACGAAGUCAAGGUACCGGUACCACAACCGUACACGGUUGAGAAAAAAGUACCGUAUCCAGUAAAAGUGUUCGUGAACGUACCCGUCGAGGUGCCAGAACCGUACACCGUGGAGAAGAAAGUACCCUACGAGGUGAAGGUGGAUCGGCCGGUACCGUACAAAGUGGAGAUACCUGUCCCACAACCGUACACGGUUGAGAAAAAGAUACCGAUAGAGGUGAAGGUACCGGUACCGCAGCCGUAUACCGUCGAUAAGACAGUGCCCUACGAGGUCAAAGUACCGGUUAAGGUACCGCAGCCCUACGAGGUGGAAAAAAAGGUGCCCGUACCGGUCAAGGUAGUCGUGAAUCGACCUUAUCCAGUGCCAGUGCCUAAACCAUAUCCCGUCGAGGUCGCCAAACCGUAUCCAGUUCCUGUGGCUAAACCGUAUCCCGUUCAGGUUAAGGUACCGGUCGAUAAGCCUUUCCCUGUACCGAUUGAGAGGCCGGUACCGGUGCCGGUAAAGGUACCUGCACCGGAACCAUAUACAGUGGAGAAACCAAUCGAAGUGGAGGUAAAGAAACAUUAUCCCGUUCAGAUUAAAGUGCCCGUAGACAAACCGUACGAAGUGUACGUGCCGAAACCAGUACCGAUAUCGAUAGAGAAACCAUUCCCUUAUUGGGUUCAGGUACCGGUACGAGUGAAUCUCGAUUGGAAGGGAGUUAAAUCUGAAAAAUGGAACGACAAAGAAGACCUUAAUACGAAUGAUAAUGUUCACGAAGUUAACGAUGAAAAUUCGGAUAGAUCUCGAACAAGAUCGGAUUAG